AUGUUGAUCAUAAAAAUUAAUAUCGCAGAUGGUGAUAUGAGUUUACAAGACGACCUAGAAGUGGAAGCUGAUUUUAGUGAUGAAGAAAAUGAUAAUCGUACUGAUGAAGCAAUUGAAGAGAGUGUUAGUGAUAAAGAUUUAGUCACAUUGUUAGAAGAGAGGUAUCGAUUUGUUAAUGAUAAUAAUUCUAGAAGAUACCGCAUCGAAAGUGACGCAAGAAGUUAUCCAGUAUUCCCAGACACAAAAACCGAUCGUCAACUGGCUUGGGCAUUUCGAAGUUCCGCAGUCCGUCGUAUCAUCGGCGGUAUGGAGACAUGCAUUAACAUGUACCCUUAUAACGUUGCCAUAUCCAGGAGUGGAAAGCACUGGUGCGGCGGAUCCAUCAUCGAUGAACAGUGGAUACUUACAGCUGGACAUUGCUUUGAAUCCGCUUACGACGGUGAUAAGCGAAAACUUGUCCCUUUCAUCGUGAGGGCUGGAAGUUCGUUUCACAACCGAGGAGGUUAUCAAGCGAGAGUAAACAAGGUAUUCUUUCCAAGUGGUUACUCGCCUGGCAACGCCGAUUACGACUACUCCCUGCUUCGUCUAGACCGCCCUUUGCCAAUCGGUCGCAACAUAGCCGUCCUCAACCUACCAGCUAAGGAUUACUUGAUUGAAUCAGAUGACAUCUUGAUUGUGACUGGAUGGGGCAGUACACAUGAAUCUGGUUUCGGCAACAUACCGGACAGGCUGCGUUUCGUGCCGGUUCCUAUCAUGAAGGUGCAGGAGUGUCAGAAGGCUUACCGAUUCUACAUCUCGCCGAGAAUGCUGUGCGCGGGAUACGCGACCGGCGGGAAAGAUGCUUGUAACCACGAUUCAGGCGGUCCAGCCGUGAGGGACGGUGUCCUCAUCGGGAUAGUAUCCUUCGGUGGUAAGAAGUGUGGUGAUCCCCGCUCCCCGGGCGUAUACAGCCGCGUAUCAGAGAUCACAGAGUGGGUGGAGCAGACUGUCACUGACAACGAGGCGUACACUGUCCCUGAAUUGAAGAUGAAGAUUGAGAAGGCGAGGCUAAGGGAAAGAGAGUUGAAGAAAUUCAAGGCACGCAUCGAAGAAAAGAAAAAUAAAAUUAAAAAUUGGUUACGUGACACGAUCAAGUCACCAAUGUUUCUAAAAUUAGCGAAGAGGAAACUCGAGGAAGCUGGUCUUAUCAUUAAAAAGAACUUCCGGCGGCUGUACGAACCGGAAGUCUUAGACGAAAAAACAAUGGACGAGAUAAAUUUAUCAAAUCUCAUAAAUGAGUCAAUUUUAGAGGAUGAGAGUGAAUCAGAGGUAUUUUUAAAGACGCUUGCUAUGAGGGAUGUUAUUUUAAAUGGGAGUAAGGAGAACUCAGACGUUAAUAAAGACAGCAUAGAGGAGAUAGAGGCUUUGGUUACAUAUUUAAGGAAAAAAUCAUAAUCAUAGGGAUUGUUAGUUAUAUUAAAUUGUUAAUAAACCUAUAUUUAA